AUGUCGCGACUCCUGGAUCCCAGCCGAGCUGCUUGGCUGUAUCCUUUCUGGGGAAUCUAUUAUUUCGCGUCGAAUCGGUUCUUAUGGCCUCUCUUCAAGGCCCGCCUUCUCCCCAUCGUCCUCCUCUCAUCAUUCAUAUACUUUAUUCUCUUUUUCUUCACCUACCUGCCCCAGGUUGCCUUCCUUGCUAUCUUCCAGGGUAGCUCGGCAUGGGUAAGCGGCGCAUUCCUAGUGCUUGGUGAAGGGGCAGCGAUCGUUGCCGCACUUUUCGAGGCAUUCUUCGUCGACGAGACUCUAGUGGAUAUCUUCGAUGCAGUAUUGGUGAAUGAGGGACAGGAAGAGCUUGUUACCACCUCCCGAGUCAUUUAUCCCGAGCCCGGUAACCCGGCCAAGCGUCUAGGCACGCCGACCACCAGUGCCGUAUACUCUCCAUUUUCAUUGCGGCAGAUCGUCGAGUUUAUCAUUCUACUUCCGCUUAUCUUCAUCCCGGUGGCUGGCACUCCUAUGUUUCUAGUUUUGACUGGCUAUCGUGCCGGUCCCUUCCACCACUGGCGUUACUACCACCUGCUGGACAUGUCCAAGCAGCAGAGAAAGGAAAGUAUUAGUCGGCGUCAGCUGCAGUAUACUACCUUUGGGACGGUGGCUCUACUCCUCCAAUUGAUUCCUCCUUUCUCUAUGCUAUUUUUGAUGACCACGGCUGCUGGGUCGGCACUUUGGGUGACGGACAUCGAACGCAAACGACGAGCUAUCAACCAGCAGUCCAGUCGACUGGGUGAGCAAUACCGUGACGAUAUUAUGCCAUGA